AUGACUAUUCAGCAGCAAUUCGACUACUAUGUCAGCGAGCCGGGGGCCCCAAUGCCCGAAGAGCACUUCUCAGAUGGUGGUAUUGACUGUGGUGAGCAUGGUGACUUUGAUGCAGAGGAUCGUCAAGAUGUUAUCUCGAUCGACUCCACAGACGCCAUCAUGGUUGGGGAAUAUCCACAGUCAAGCACCCACAGUUUCGACUGGGAGCCACGACAGGGUGUAGUCAGUGAUAUGGAGCUUCCUUCUCUUCGAGACGCAGGAGUGACAAUGAACUGGUUCACAGAACAGCUGAGGAUCGAGCAAGGAUGGGCCAAGCUCUAUCCCCAUGCACUAUCGUCCAUCGCCGAGUCUGGAAUCAUGUUUAUCAUGAUGACAAGCGCGCCUGCGGAUUCUUGGGACAAGAUAAAGUCCCUGAUAUUGGUCAACAAGUUCCUCAACGGCUUGGUUGAAGGGACACAUACAGAAGCCAACGAGACUAGACUUGUCUGCGGUCCAUGGCCGCAACCGGAAUUCAUGCCAAACAUUGACUCUCGCGGGUUUCUUCAACCAUCACCCCUCGAAUAUCCCAAGGCGAACCUGCAGGAGAUUUUUGCGACCUUUUUCGACCAUAUCCUUUGGGCAAAGGCAACCGACGUCCACUCAUUCAAGAAUAAAAGUCUUCGCAGUACGUACGAUCACAUACAACGUGUAUAUCGCGGAAGAGCACUACUCUCAGGUACACUGGGGUGUCACCUUGUUGCUCCCGACGCCCGCUUGAACAUUAGUCCUGAACUCCUUUUGCACGUACCAGCCAACGAUGGGGCCGAUAGGCUUAAGCCUGUCAUGUCCCUCAAGAACACCCAGAUGGGCAGCACACCAGCCCCAUUUAUAAACCCAGCUCUGCUCUCUGACGAACCAUGCUGGUCGAACGAAAUCUCAGAUGCCCGUAAGAAUGAUAUGGAAUGGCGAACCCAGCCCCUACAUCCUCAUCUCCGCCACCCCCCAUCGAUACUAAUGCAUACCAACGAUGGCCCCGGCUCACGAGAUACACCCUUGAAUGUGAUUAUUGGUCCUUCAGGAGUUCCGCGCGCACCGAACUUUGGGAACAGGCUACAGCCUGCCCGAACAGAGAUCCCAGGUGAGAAGUUUCACAUGGCGAUAAUCGAGUCGCACACCGUAAUUGAUCAGCUCGGAACGCUUGAGCUCGAGGAUUCUGGGGAGGAGGGGACGAUUCUGAAGCGGAGGAGGAUGGUUCUGAAGACGAGGAUGACUCUGAGAUGGACGAAGAUUGAGUUACUUGACUCAGGGGUAAAGCGAGGUUUUCAAAGUGAAAAGACUGGAAAGACUGGAAAGACUGGAAAGAUUGAGUGCUAUGAAAUAUUAUAG